GAAGGUGGGCUGAGCGUAGAAAUCUGACGAAAGAGUGGGCUGUGCCCUUGGAGGGAGUGCUUCUGAAUGACUACAUUUGCUAGUGCAGUACACAGCAGCAGCAACAGUGUGGUGCUCUGGGUCUCCAGCUCUGCCUGGCAGACAAAUCUUCAGCUCGCUGAACAUCUGCAAGACAAAGUGUUACAUGUUCUUCUGUAAAUGAAUGCUGCCUAACUGCACCAGGAAAAUGGGCACGGGGGAUUAUCUCUGCAUUGCUAUGAGCGGAGGGGCACCUUGGGGCUUUAGAUUGCAAGGUGGCAAGGAGCAAAAGCAGCCUUUGCAAAUCGCCAAGGUCCGCAGCAAGAGCAAAGCAGCUAAGGCUGGACUCUGUGAGGGAGAUGAGGUGGUAUCUAUCAAUGGCAAGCCUUGUGGAGACUUAUCCUAUGCUGAAGUUAUUGUCCUAAUGGAAAGCCUGACCGACGUCCUGCAGAUGCUUAUCAAGAGAUCCUCCAGUGGAAUAAAUGAGAACUUGAGUGCUGAAAAUGGAAAGCACAAGAACAUAAAAAAUGAGGAGGACUAUAGAGAGAGCACCACACUGCAAAUUAACACAGCGAAAGAGAUCCCCCAUGGAGAUUUAUGCAUCACAGAGAUCUGCAGUGAGACUCACCAGGGAGCAAGAGAAAGCAACAUUCACUUUUCUGAAAUGAAACAAGAGACCACACAAAGCCACAGAAUUACUCCUAAAGUGAUAGGCACCUCCAAAGUACUCAUGACAGAUGAGGCUGCUCCCAGAGGGAAGACAGAAGAAAGAAGGCCAGGUACUAUGGUUGAGCUGCAGCUGUCCCUCACAAAUGAUGUGCAUAAGGGCACCAAUGCUCCUGCUGUGACUCUGUUAGGGGCAGAAAAAUGCAUCCCUUCCGGAAGAGGACCCAGUGUACAAGAUGGGACUAGCCCUGUAAUCUCAGUUCCCCUGGGUGUGAAAGAGGGCAACAUCCAGUGGUCGAACAAAGUAGUCCAGUUUUCUAGUAGCAAAGAGGUCAAGAAGAUCCAAGGUGCAGCUCCAUCUAUCCCCAGGGUGGAGGUGAUCCUAGACUGUUCAGACAGGGAAAAGGAAGCACCCAGGUCUCUAGCUGAGAGGGGGUGUGUUGAUUCUCAAGUGGAAGGAGGGCAGUCAGAAGCACCUCCUUCCCUCCCCUCCUUUGCAAUCUCAUCAGAAGGCACAGAGCAGGGAGAAGACAACCGGCACUCGGAAAAGGAUCACAGACCUCUCAAGCACAGAGCAAGGCACGCAAGGCUCCGGCGAAGUGAGAGUCUGUCAGAGAAGCAGGUCAAAGAAGCCAAAUCUAAAUGUAAAAGUAUUGCAUUGCUGCUGACAGCAGCCCCCAACCCCCACUCCAAGGGGGUGUUGAUGUUCAAGAAGCGUCGUCAAAGGGCUCGGAAAUACACUUUAGUCAGCUACGGUACUGGGGAGCUAGAGCGUUACGAAGACGAAGGUGAAGAAGGAGAAGGUGAAGAGGGAGACAAAGAAAACGCCUUUGAAGUGAGUUUGCUUGCAACAAGUGAGUCAGAAAUAGAUGAAGAUUUCUUCUCUGACAUUGACAAGGACGGUAAGAUUGUGACUUUUGACUGGGAUAGUGGUUUACUUGAGGUUGAAAAGAAAACAAAAAGUGGAGAGGAGAUGCAGACGCUUCCAGAGAGCACAGGUAAAGGGGCCCUCAUGUUUGCCAAGAGGAGGCAGAGGAUGGAUCAGAUUACAGCUGAGCAGGAGGAGGUAAAGGCACACACAGUUCACACAGAGGAACGAAGGGAAGCCACCAUGUCAGAAAACUUCCAGAAAGUAAGCUCUUCAGUCUAUCAAACAAAAGAGGAAGAAAUGACAAGACAGCAGACCUGUGUGAGCAAAAGCUACACAGAAGUGAGCCAGAAUCAUAACAAAAUGAUACAACAAAAUGGCUUUGGCUUAGCACCAGAAACAAACCUCUCUUUUCAGCCCUCUGAAGCUCAAAAAUCAGCAUCUUUGAAUAAAACAGCUAAGCCCUUCUCUUCCGGGGUUCAAAACCGAGCAGCUGCACCAUUUUCACCUGUAAGAAAUGUCACUAGUCCUCUUUCAGAUAUACCAGCACCACCUCCUUACUGCUCUGUUAGCCCACCCCCUGAGGCUCUGUACAGACCUGUUUCAGCCCCUGUGGCCAGCACUGCCUCCUCUGUGUGGUCACACACUGAGCCCACAGAGCGCAUAGCCUCCAGGGAUGAAAGGAUCUCAGUGCCAGCCAAGAGAACAGGGAUACUACAAGAGGCAAAGAGAAGAAGCACUUCAAAACCUAUGUUCUCUUUCAAAGAAGCACCUAAAGUAAGUCCUAAUCCUGCCCUGUUGUCCCUUGUGCACAAUGCAGAAGGCAAAAAAGGUACUGGAGCUGGUUUUGAGUCAGGACCUGAAGAAGACUACCUUAGUCUGGGAGCAGAAGCUUGCAAUUUCAUGCAGACUCAAGCAUCUAAACAAAAGGCACCUCCUCCUGUUGCUCCAAAGCCUUCACUCAAGAUUCCUCCUGCUGCUGGUACUCCAGUUUCACCAGUUUGGUCACCUUCGGCUGUGGCUCCUAACAAGGCUCCUUCUUUCCCAGCACCAGCCUCACCUCAGGCAGCGUAUCCUGCACCGCUCAAAUCUCCACAGUAUCCUCAUUCUCCUGUCCAUCCCCCAAAUACUCUAGACUUAGCUGGUCCUUUCAAAGGGCCUCAAGCAAUGCUAGCGAGUCCAAACCACACCUCCAAGACCCCAGUCACACCAGCUGCUGAAGAAACAAAGCCACCCUUUGAGAUGCCACCAGCCAUGAGUGGAAAAGGAGCACAGUUAUUUGCCAGAAGGCACUCCCGAAUGGAGAAGUAUGUGGUAGAUUCAGAGACUGUGCAAGCAAACACGGCACGAGCCUCAUCUCCAACUCCAUCUUUACCAGCCUCUUGGAAAUACUCACCUAAUGUCCGAGCACCUCCACCUGUCGCUUAUAAUCCCAUCUACAGCCCAUCUUAUCCUCCUGGUGCUAUGAAGCCUUCUUCUAAGUCCGUUGCUGCUACCAAAAAUACAAAAAGAAAACCUAAGAAAGGUCUCAAUACUUUGGAUAUUAUGAAACAUCAACCUUAUCAACUUGAUGCAUCUUUAUUUACUUUUCAACCUCCUAGUACUAAGGAAAGCUUUGCUAUUAAGCAGACACCGAAGUUGUCCAUUUCAAAGCAACCUCUACCUUUUAGACCACCUGCUGCUGGCUCUCCUCCUCAUGCUCGGGCAUCUUCAGUGUACUCCGUGCCAGCCUACAGCACACAACCUUCGUUCCAGUCAAAUGCCUCUCUCCCAGUCAAUGAAUCCUAUUCACCUACAGGCUACUCUGCAUUUUCUAAGCCAGAAACCACCACGUCGUCCUCUUUGUUUACUGCUCCGAGGCCAAAAUUUUCAGCAAAGAAAGCUGGUGUCACUGCACAGGGAAGAAGCAGUGGACGCUCAUUAUCACUUCCUGGGGGACCACCUUCAUUCAUUUCUCGAGCCACGUCUCCUACUUCUCCUCUUGUAUUUCAGCCUGCCCCUGAUUACUUCAGCAAGCCUGACACAGGGGCCGACAAGCCCGGCAAGAGACUGACUCCCUGGGAAGCAGCAGCAAGAUCCCCUCUCGGCCUAGUGGAUGAAGCUUUUGGGCCCCAAAGUAUGCAGGAAUCCAUUGCUGCUAAUGUAGUAUCAGCUGCUCGUAGGAAAACACUUCCUGAGCCACCAGAUGAAUGGAAACAAAAAGUUUCUUAUGAGCCUCCAGCCCCAAGUCCUAGUCUAGCUUUGUUAGGAGGGAAGCAAGCAGGUAUUGUAUCACCCCGCAAAAGCUCUCUGUCUGCCCCGAGUGCCACUACGCAGGCUGGCUCUCAGCUACAGUAUGCUUACUCCCCUCAACAGUCCAGAACAGAUCCUGAUAUAAUGUUCAUGGAUUCCAGGUCUGACUAUUGCUUGUCAACAGCUGAUUCAAACUACAAUCCACAGCCAAGGGGAUGGAGGCGUCCAACAUGAGCAGCUGAGGGGCCUGGUGCAUUUUCCCUUCUUUCAACUCUAAAAUCCUUGGAUUUGAGUUGAAGAGGGAAAGUUUCUUGCUGGCCUGAUGAUCUCUAAGCUAAAGAGAUAAGGAGGCAAAAUUGAAUGGAGCAGUUAUCACAUGACUGCAGGGCUCACAGCCUCUAGAAUAGACUCAGUUUUACACCUAACCUAAGAUUGUUCUGUUUGUCAAAAGUCAAAAAUACUCAUUCUUGGGGUGAGGGGUGGGAUGAAAGUGGGGCAAGUAAUGCUCAAUACAAAAACCUAGAAAGGAUGUAGAUGGAGACAGUACAAGUGUUUGCAGUUAAGUUAAUGUGGAAAAAAAAACAGUAAAAAAAAAAAAAAGGUAAAAUAAGGGCAUUUAAAGCAAGAAGUAUUUUACAGGCUCUUGUUGGUUUUGUGGGCGUUUGACAUCUGAGUUCCAAGGUACUAAAUAUAACCAGACUUGGGAAAGUUCCAGUGGAAGUGGAAUAGUUGGAAGCACUAGCUUAUUUGCCAUAUGUUUUUUACUGCAUUUUAAAAAUGAGCUAAGAAAGUACUGUGGCAAAAGUUAGAGCAUGUCUGUGGGCAUGGUACCUGAUUCUCUAGAAGGUGCUAGAUGCACACCAUCUAAGCAGUCAUCCAUCCCAGAUGGAUUUCAAGACAGUUUUGAUGAUGCUUUAUACAUUACAAUUAAUCAAAUAAUCUGAACACAACAGGAAGAAUGCUGUUGUUAACAGAGAUCAGUACCGUGAUACUUGGACAACAAAAAGGAUGAGGGAAGUAUUUAGAGCAUAUUUAAACUGGAAUGCAAGUUAAUUUUGUAAUAAACUAUCAAACAAGUCUGAGGCUGAACGGCCUUCAUUUCUCUGUGAAGUGCACU